CCAACUACAGCAAAAACUGUUGCCCCAACUACAGCAGCAACCACAGCCCCUACUACAGCAUCAACUGCGGCCCCUAGUACAGCUCCAACUACAGCAAAAACUGUGGCCCCAACUACAGCAGCAACUGCAGUCUCUCCAACUACAGCAAAAACUGUUGCCCCAACUACAGCAGCAACUGCAGCCCCUGUCCUGAAGACCAAAAUGUGUUCAAAGCUGGCACAGGCUUGCUCUCUGGAGUCCCCCCUCUGUGAGAUAUAA